AAUAAGAUAAAUAGAAAAGUUGUAAUUGGAAACUGAUGUAAUACAACUCAGUGUACAUGAGUUCUUUUUUUUUUGGUACUGUAACGUAGUAGAGGGUAGAGGGCUAAAUUUUAAGUGAUGGUAAAAUUAAAAAUAGUUUUAUAAGUAACGCAAAAAUAGUUUUUUAUUUUAUUUAAGUGUAAAAAAUAACUAGAUGAUUUUCUGAUCAUGUGCAGAAAAUAGCAACGUUUUGUUAUGGUCUUCCCCGGUCUUUCUGUAAACAUCCCUGGAGAGAGUUUGACAGAGUGUGGAGGCAAAUCCCGAAACGACACGUAAUCCUCUUGAGAAUGGGUAUUGUUAAAUACGGCAUCGGCAUGCUGCAGUCAUUUGUAUUCACUGGCAAUCGGGAAUAGUGAGAAAUUGAGUACCUAUAAAGUCCAAGUAAAUAUGGGGAAAUAAGUCAGUACGAGAUGGUGUUUUGAGAAGUGAUAUCGUCCGGACAAAAAAAUCUAUUGCGUCAUCCUAAAAAAAUUACAAAAUAUCAGUGUAUUCAUUUGUUUAUUGGAUUUAUUCAUCAAAUUACCGAGAUGAGUACAAAUCCGAUUUCAAUUCUGCAAGAAUACUUGCAAAAAAAUAACAAUCCCCUACCGAAAUAUGAUAUGGUCAGCACUUCAUUAGCUAAUCACUCGUUCACAUUUCGAGUGAGCUGCGAUGUCAAAAAACAACCUUACACAGCUCUUGGUGAAGCUAAUAGCAAACAAAUUGCAAAGCAUAGAUCAGCUGAAAACAUGAUUAUUUUGUUAAAUCAAAACAAUUGUGGAAUAAAAUAUGGGCAUUCUGAAGAAUCAUUUUCAACACCCGAGAGGAAAUCCCUCGGGUCAACUGGCAGCCCAUCUUCAAAUUGUUCAUCGGAUUAUUCACGGGAAUUUAAUCCUAUUGGCGCAUUACAAGAAAUUUGUGUGAAAAACAAAUAUGUACUACCGAGUUACAGUGAAGGUAGUUAUGCUCAGGGUCACUCGAAUUUCAAAAUGACUUGUACUUUAGGGACUUACAAAGUUGAAGGUGCAUCGAAUGGUAAAAAAAAACAAGCCAAGUACGAAUGCGCUAGAAAAAUGUAUGACGAAUUAAAAAAUAUGUCAGAGGAUGAAAAAAAAAAAUAUAAAAUAGUAGGCGACAGCAGUGAAAUGCAAGUUGUUAAUGCAAAUGAUAGCAAUAGUAAAAAUACUAGCGCAUGUAACUCGCGAGAAUUAUCGAUCGAUUCACCUGCUUCUACUCAACACGCGAUUGAAAAAGCAUUAUCGUUAUUUCCUAAAUUAACUAAAAGUCACAGUAUAAUGUCCGAUCCUAAAAAAAUAAAACUCUCAAAUUAUCAUUCUUAUUUAAAAAGCUCUCUUGAUCAAAUUCAGCAAAGAAAUUUUUUUGAAUUUUAUCAAACACUAGAUCUACAAAAAAUAAAAAAUGAUAUUGAUAAACUGUCAAUUGUGCUUGAUAAAAUUUGUACUAUUUUAAAUAUUGAAAAGGAAGAAGCUCUUGUUAAAACUUCGGAUAAUAAAAAUUAUGGAGUUGUAAUUAAAUUGAAAACUACUCCGGAGUUUUCAGAUGUUGGCAUAGGUAGUAAUGCAAGAGAAGCUAGAUUGUCUGCUUUAUAUCGUAUCAUCCGGACAAUUUUUUAUCUAUUAAUGUAAUGUAGUAGAUAAUUUGGUGCUCUAUCAAAGUCUUCAUAUCUAUAUUAAUGUUUAAGUUUCUGCGAUAUUGAUGUUAAUUUUUGUUUUUUCUUCCAGUAAAGUAAGAAGUCCAAUACCCGAUCAGGGAACUAGUACCCGAUCACUCAUGUAUUUGUGAUCUUUCCUGAACGUGUAGUAGUUACUUGAUCGGGUACUAGUUCUUCGAUCAAGUAUUAGUUUCCUGAACGUGUAUUAGUUACUUGAUCAGGUAAUCGUUUUUUGAUCGAGUACUAGGUUCGGGUAUUAGGUCUUAUACCUUACAAGUCUUAGUACUUGACGAUAAUUUAUGAAUUGAAGUUUUUAAUGUCAUAAUAGACGUGAUAUAACAAAUAAUGUUUGGAAAAUAUUGCAGAACGUUAAUUAUCUAUUAUUUUGAAACAAAAAUUUAUUAUUAUUAUUAUUAUUAUUAUUAUUAUUAUUAUUAUUAUUUUGUUUAAAAUAUUAACUGACUGAAAGAUCAUAGCAGCCUUUAAAAUCAGCUUUUUGCCGACGUUUCGCAAACAUUUCAGUUUGCAUCUUCAGGGCUAGGUUUCCCCGAUAUUAAUAUCGGAGCAGUCUAGCCCUGAAGACGUCGACUGGAAAAUUUGAGAAACGUCGGCAGAAAGCUGAUUUCCGACGUUGCAAUCAUGCGGCAGAAAUUAUUACUUUAAUUAAUGUCGAAUUUUUUGCACGAUAUUUUUCAAUUUUUUAGUACAAGAAUAAUUAAUGACGAGUUUGUGUUGUUGUUCAAAACUUUGAAUCACUUUAUAGACUAAAUAAGCGAUCAGAUCAGACAAUGAACUGCUGAUCCCCACACUCGAACGUUAAAUCUUGGGUAUAUUCUACUCUCUCUUGAAAAUUUAUUUGUUUUAAUGUCCGAGACUUUUUGUUGAUUUAUAAUGAAAUGAACAAUGUUAAUUAGGAGCAUAAUAUUUUAAAAAAAGCUAAUAAUUUAUUUUAGUUUAAAUUGGAUGAUUUUUUUUUUAUGAUAUUUGACUCAUACUUUUUGUUACUUUAUGAAUUAUUAAAUCUUAUAUAUUAAGAUUUUUUUAUUUAAAGCAUGACAAGGUCAAAUUUAGAGAUACUGAAAUGAAUUUUCAACGCUCAAAAUUGGAUAAAAAAUAAAAAAAAAAACAAUUCAUCACUGUAAUUUUAAUAAAAAUUUUUUUUAACAAAUUAGAUUUUUUUUUACUUUCAUAGCAAUAAACUGCUGAUGUCUAUUUUUUUUUUUUUUAUUUUAAGUGAAAUGAAAUUUUGUUACUGCUGGUGUAGUAUUGUUGACUAAAUAAUAUUUAAGACCCAUAAGUAUCAAAGGAAAAAGUUUAUUUAAAAGUUACGCCAUUGAUAAUUUGAUUGAAAAAUAAUAAACUUAUUUCUGGCGGGAGUUUUACUUAUGGGCCUUAAAUUAAAUGAUAUAUUUUCGUUCAGAAAAUUUCUUCUUCAUUUUUUAAUUACUAUUAUUAAUACUACAGAUUGCGUUUAGUUUCAGUCGAGUAGUUAGAGAAAUUUCAUGUUAUUAAACAUGUUUUAAACGCAUUACUGAAAUAACCAAUGAAAUAUAUUGACUUGAAAAAGUAUGUGAUUAUGUAUUUAAGAAAUAUUUAUUAAUAUAUCUAUAAUUAAUAACAAUGGAGAUUGAUUAUGACGGUCAAAAUAUUUAAAAGUUUAAGUUUAAACUUCAAUGAAAUAAAUAAAUAUAUAAUAUAAUGUAUUGAAUAAAUAUAUGAACAACAUAUUACAGUUUUACAUGAUCAUUAUCUACUGGUCCAUUAUCAUUUGACCUUACCAUUGUCAACAAUUAAUGAUCUGAUAAAACUGUGAUAUAUUUUACGAUAGUUAUACAUAUUUUAUGUAUUGAACGGUGAGAAAGCACAAUUAUUUUUUUAUAUAAACGUUUGAAUAUAAACGUUAUGAGAUUUAAGUUUAAAGAAUAUCGUGUUGGAAAAUAUAUAUUGAUGUAAACGUUGAACCCAACUAUGGGAAAAUUAAUGGAACGAAUUUACAAGAUGACAAAUCAAUUGAUGUAAUUUUAUUUUGUGAUGAAAUUUAAAAAAUUAAAAAACUUAAAAAUGUUA